UUUGGAUAUUGUACCGUACGGAGUCACAUCGGAAAUAGCUUUCCCAGUUGUUCGUAGCGCAGGUACCGGUACAGGUCGGCUGGCACCGCCAUUCAGCAGAAGCAGCAGAGCUUUCUCUUCCUACGGUACGGGUGCAUUUCAGUGCUAAGUGUGAUGUAAAAGUAUAAACCAGUGAGCUAAAAGUUGCUCGUUCGUACCGUCCUAGUGCGUCGUGCAUUAGCUGCACACAGUUCCGAUUGUGCAGCGCUCAGCCGACGUGAAAAUUAAAAGUGUGCAAAUAUUUUUCUUUUGCUGUGACAUUAAAAUUGUAGUGACAUUACUAGUGGAAAGUGAAAAACAGAGUGUAUAAUUAAACAUACAAAACACAAACUAUACGUUGUAGAAGCAAGAUCGGCUUCUCUAAAUAUAGAAGGUAGAGACCUCUGUUGAGAUUGAAAGUGUCGUAGUUCCUGCCGUUUCAACGUAAAUAAAACAGCAGAGCUAAUAUGAUGUCGUCUGUGUGGCCGGCCGUGUUGGGAUUGGUCCUGGUAGUACUGUGCUCGUCGUGUCCGAGUCAGGCUGCCUCACCGCGAUGGGAACCACAGAUUUCGGUGCUGUGCGAGGCCGGACAGACGUACCAUCCGCAGUUCUUGUCGGAGGAAGGUCGAUGGACAACGGACCUGAGCAUCAAAGUCCCUGGCACGACAUGUCUCCGUGACAAGAUGGAUCUUCUGGACUACUGCAAGAAGGUGUACCCGGGACGAGACAUAACAAACAUUGUGGAGUCUUCGCACUACCAAAAGAUCGGUGGAUGGUGCCGCCAGGGUGCCCUGAAUGCAGCCAAGUGCAAAGGAGCUCAGCGGUGGAUUAAACCGUUCCGGUGUCUCGAGGGACCUUUCCAGUCGGAUGCGCUGCUCGUACCGGAAGGAUGCCUGUUCGAUCACAUUCACAACGCGUCGCGCUGCUGGCCUUUCGUCAGGUGGAAUCAGACUGGAGCUGCCGCCUGCCAGGAUCGCAACAUGCAGAUGCGUAGCUUUGCCAUGCUGCUGCCCUGCGGCAUUUCGCUUUUCUCCGGCGUGGAGUUCGUCUGCUGUCCGAAACACUUCAAAGCCGUUCCGAUGAAGGUGAAGAAAACUGAUCUGCCAGUGUUGCCACAGGACACGGACAUGCUGCCAGCUCUGGACGAUGGUUCGGAUGGCGUAUCGGACAACAACUCCGAGGACGACGAGGACGAUGACGACAUGGACGAUGAGGAGGACGAAGAGAUGCUGGGAGACGAACCAAUCGAAAGCGAUGACGACGAAUACGAUUCGGACGAAGAUUUCGAUUCCGGCAGCGACAAACCGUCUGGCGCAGAUUCGAUCGACACUGGUUCGGCCGCAUGGGACAGCUUCACUACACCGCCACCGGCAACGGUUGCCAAGGAUGCGCUCAAAAAGCAGCAGGCAGACAUCGGAGGCCCCAUCGGCGGUAUGCUGUACGCGGGUGGAUACGCCGCCAGCUCGACGGAAAAAUCGGGUACCAUCGAUCUGGUCACCACGCCGAUCACUGCCAUCCCGACACCGGACCCGUACUUUACGCACUUUGACCCGCGCAACGAGCACCAGAGCUUCAAGAAUUUGCACGCCGAAUUUCAGGAAGCCCAGCAGCGGCUCGAGGAGAGCCACCGCGAGAAGGUGACGCGCGUCAUGAAGGACUGGUCCGAUCUGGAGGAAAAGUACCAGGACAUGCGGCUGGCCGAUCCCAAGUCGGCGCAAACGUUCAAGCAGCGAAUGACGGCCCGGUUCCAGACUUCUGUGCAGGCACUGGAAGAGGAAGGCAACUCCGAGAAGCAUCAGCUGGCGGCCAUGCAUCAGCAGCGGGUCCUCGCCCACAUCAACCAGCGCAAACGAGAGGCCAUGACGUGCUACACCCAAGCCCUCACGGAGCAACCACCGAGCUCUCAUCGGGUGGAAAAGUGUUUGCAGAAGCUGCUACGUGCUCUUCACAAGGAUCGUGCCCAUGCUUUAUCACACUAUCGGCAUCUGCUCGGUUCGGGUGGCACCGGUGGACUGGAAGCAGCCGCAUCCGAGCGACCCCGCACGCUGGAGCGUCUGGUCGACAUUGACCGGGCCGUGAAUCAAUCGAUGGCCAUGCUCAAGCGCUACCCCGAACUAUCGGUAAAGCUGUCCCAGCUGAUGGAUGAUUACAUUCAGGCGCUGCGCUCCAAGGACGAAACGCCCGGCUCGAUGCUGGCCAUGACGGAGGAAGCAGAAGCGGCCAUCCUCGACAAGUAUCGCAUGGAGAUUGAGCGCAAGGUCAGCGAAAAGGAGCGUCAGCGAUUGGCCGAAAAGCAACGGAAGGAGCAGCGAGCGCAAGAGCGCGAGAAGAUUCGCGAAGAGAAGCUGCGUCUAGAGGCUAAGAAGAUGGAAGCCGCUUACAAGCAACAGCAACAGCAGCAACAACAGCAGCAACAGCAAAAGCAACAGCAGGCUCAACAGCAACAACAGCAGCAACAGCAGCAGCAGCAGCAGCAGCAACAACAACAACAGCAAGCUCAAAUGAUUGCUGCCACCUUCGCCGCAUCGCAACAGCAACAAUCGAUGCAAACCCAACAACCGACGCUCUCGGACCAGCCACAAACCCAGAAACAGCAGCCGGACAUGGAAACUCAAAAGGAAACCGACACCACGAAGGAUUACUCUGAGGAAGCGGCCGUGACGAGCCCACAGCCGACGGCUCUGCCGACCGUGGACGACGAUGCGGUACAGCGCGCCGUUGAGGAGGUGGCUGCGGCCGUCGCCCAUCAGGAAGCCGAACCGAAGAUGCAACACGUUCUGGCCCACGACAUUGGCCACGGUGAACCGAGCUACUCAGUUCGGCGCGAAGUCUACAGCUCCAGUGGACGCGACAGCAAGAACGUAUACUUCACGGUAGGAUUCGCCGGAGUUGCCCUCAUGGCUGCGGUAUUCGUUGGUGUCGCUGUAGCCAAAUGGAAAGCUUCCCGAUCACCUCAUGCUCAAGGAUUCGUCGAGGUCGAUCAGGCGGUCGGUGCUCCAGUCACCCCAGAGGAACGACAUGUGGCCAACAUGCAGAUCAAUGGGUACGAGAACCCAACAUACAAGUAUUUCGAGAUCAAGGAAUAAGUUCCAAGGGCUGGUAAACAUCAUCAUCAUCAUCUCCGGCCUGGGCCAUAAUACCACCCCAUUGGUCUUAUUGUUGGCCGGAGUUGAAAGCGAGAAACACCUUACGUACUCCAGAGUCAAGAUCCUUGAGCGGUACGGUUAAUGUCACAUGAAACAAAAGGGAAGUCUGUCAACAGCGAGUGAAAAGGGUGGAAAAUCGAUAUUUGUGGUAAACAAACAAACAAAACAUGGUAGUUGAAAAUGUGACACACGUAAAAAAAAUACACACACACACACACACAAUGAAGCAGAACAACCAAACAAACCCGUUACACAAAAUACACGCCACCAACGACAGUGUACUUGAAACUGAACUCUAUCUACCAGCUAUACCAUCGCGUAACUGAGCACGGUUAUGCGAAUGCGUAGUUUUGUCGUAUUUUUGUUUUCUUCUAAAAAAGAAACAUGUAAAAACUAAAACCAUUAAACUGAGCAAACGCGUGACAAGCGCACACACACACAAAAGUUGUAGGAUUUGUUUUUUUUUUCUCUGUCGAUACUGGUCAAUACUCUUUGUUAAUACACUCGUUCUAGUCCUAUCCUCUGGAGGAGGCAUAAUGAACCGCAGUACAUCGUGCGUAUAAAACUCGUCUUUAAGUGGAAGCAAAAGAUCCCCUCGGAAUGUGUGUGUGUAUGCGUGGUGGUACGUGUAGGCCAAAGCGUGCUAAACCGUACCAUCCAAUUCGCUGCAAUAAAGAACAAUCUUAAAUUUAUGAAAAGGAAGCGAAAAAAAAACUAACUAAAAAGAAAGUUUUUUUUUGGGGUGAUUGUAACAAAAAGCCAACUCACGGAGUGUCCUUUUGCAUGUAGAAAAAAGGGGAAAAUUUGAACAUCUAAACUAGCUUACAAAUGCAAACUAUUCAAAUGCAAACAAACAACAACAACCGAGCUGAGUUACUACUAGCGAGCGAUUGUGCGUGUGAUCGCAAAGCAAGAAACAAAAUGAAAAAAAGAAAACAAAACGUUCUGCAACUUUGGUUUGGUGUUUUAAGCCCUUUUUUAUACUUUCACCUAUCUUACACAACCUAUACGCCUCUUUAUCACUCUCGACUGUACGAGACCAGACGUAGAGCACGACGCUACCAAAGAAUAGAAAACACAGUCACUAAUUAUAGUUGAAGCUCUUGCUGCGCCUCUUAGAGACAUGUAUCGUACGAGAUGGUUCGCAAUGGUUGAACGGCGCUCGAAAUGUGCAUUAAUCGCAACACACAUCCACAUAGCUCCGAAGGAACAAUAACCAAACCGCAAACCAGUGGCAGACACAGCCGAUGUUGCCCGCUGUUGUCACGGUGCGCGAUCUGCCAAGCCAGAACCAGAAAGACACCGAUUUCCCUCCCCAUUUAGGCGCAGGAUAGUUAGAUAGCUAAGUAGCUAAUUAGUUAUUAAUUUUCUACAACCGAUCGGUUAUUGCAGCUCAGGUUUGCCGGCACUCAACACACAUUCACCGGACACCCCUAAUCCCUUCUCAAAACAAAAAAAACUACAUGCUUCAAAGUCCAUAGCCGGGUGUUGGGUGGUGAGCGGACGGUGCCACAACUAGAAUGCGCCAACUCACACAGUACACACACACACACACACACACACACACACUCGAACUUCUCAUUUGAUAAGCUUGUAAGAAUAUACAUGCAUAAAUAAACGUACAUUAUACAACAAAUUGCAUUAGAUCUAUAUAUAUAUAUAUAUUCGCUUCACGGUUUUUGGCGGCCAGGCAGCACACGCAUUCCACCAACGAAGCGCGAAACAGGGUGCUUUGCCGUUGGUGGAACGCGCACCACUCACAAUAAGCAAGUUUCGCAUGAAAGCGAACGCGUGUGCACCCAACAACACUCACACUACAGAGCAUACAUUCAAUCCAAGCAUAACUGUCUGCAGAAGGCGACAAACUACCUAAGAACAGUAUGUACGCGUACGUAUCGAACAGCUAUUGAAGUAUAUACAUAUAUUUUUUGUAAUACACACCUGCUAUACGCUUUGAAAUUUCAUAUUUAUACUACCUUAACAAACAAACAAACAAACAAACAAACAAUAACAAACAAAGCAAAGUAAGUGGCAAACGCGUCUGCUAUAUAUAUAUAUUUACAAGUGAACAGAACAAAAGCGUUACAAACAAGCAUUACAGGAUCGAAAGUAUUAGCAAAAGGAUCCCCGAAACAAUAGCUACGAUUGCGCUAGAAAGGCAACACGAACAAAAACAGGACUUAGUUCUACGUACAGGCAAACACACAUACACACACACACACACACACACACACACACACACACACACACACACAAACACACACACACACACACACACACACACACACACACACACACACACACACACACACACACACACACACACACACACACACACACACACACACACACACACACACACACACACACACACACACACACACACACACACACACACACACACACACACACACACACACACACACACACACACACACACACACACACACACACACACACACACACACACACACACACACACACACACACACACACACACACACACACACACACACACACACACACACACACACACACACACACACACACACACACACACACACACACACACACACACACACACACACACACACACACACACACACACACACACACACACACACACACACACACACACACACACACACACACACACACACACCACACACACACACACACACACACACACACACACACACACACACACACACACACACACACUGCACACACUGCACACACUGCACAUAUUCUGCAUUCCAUAAUCAGGCCAUUAUUUUUCAACUAUAAAUGAAUAAACAAAAAAAGACAAAAAAGGCAACAAGGAUGGUUUCAGAAACAUAAGCGCAAUAAACUAUCCAAUACCAGAUUUGAUUUUAUUUUCACCAAGAAACACACACCUCGUUACCCAGCAUUGGAUCCGCUAAAGCCUCGGUAGAGCUCGCCAAUAUUCUCUCUAAUCGAACACGCUUUCGAACUAUUGAUCGUGGUGCAGUUGCAGUGUAGCUGUGUGUGUAUGUGUGUGUGAGUGUGUGAGCGAAUGUGAUUCAGAACGCAUUGCGAAGCCCAAUUUCCACUGUCAUCGCGCACAUGCGGAUGUGUAUCAACAAUAAUUUACAAACCAAAUAAAGACAAACGUAAAACUGACAAGAGAAACAAUACGAGAGCUUCUUCCGAUUUGUAGCAAACAAACCAACACAAAAUGAACAAGAAACAAAUGGUAGACACACGCAGCAUUCCGAGACAUUCACCAAUGCAUUCCGAGUGCAUUGUGCAGUCCACAUGCAGGCAUGUUUUGUAUGCACGGCCACCCGAACCUCCCAUCAAGGGCUGCUACGCCAAACGCUUUUUCCCCCUCGGUGCAAACGCCCAACGUUGAAACGGAUGCUGUGGCUUGACAAAAGUUCUUUAGCGACCAUUCUCCAGGAUAAAAAAAAACCUCACACACAUACACAACAUACAUACAAACGGGAGGUUUGGGAAAAGAUGAUUGGUAGCUUAGGAAGGCCAGACAGGCAGGCAGGCAGGCAGGCAGGCAGGCAGCAGCUGCACAAAGGGGAAAUUAAGAAAAACAAAAACAAAACAACUCGCAACACAAUCCAAUCACUCAGAAGAGAUUACAGUCGGAAAAUUGCAUCCUAGGCAAAGAAAAUUCGUCCAUUUUUGUAGGAUUUUGCGACGCGCGUUAAACAUAGGUGUUAGAGACAAGUGAAACAAAACAAAACAAAUCUUAUCGAUAGUGUGUCAUUAAGUCUCCCAUUUCCCAAACCACCCUCCCCCUUACGCCCACAUUUCCCUUCCCUCCCCACUCACCCUUAUCUUCGGUCUGAUCGUCCUGCUUAGUACGCCAAGCAGGGGAGCAGAGUUGAUAUCUAUAAAUGAACUCCUAAUGAAGCAGCAAAAGCUGCUGGUAGAAUAUGAGUGCUCUGCACAGCACUGUAAAACGCUUGCUGAAUCUCUACACAAACAUAAAGCUGGCAUGAUGUCUGGUCGUGCGACUGAGAAGCGCAAACUAUUCAUCAACAUUGCUUCCUCUGCUACCACUGCUGUUGGGUGAACGGUGCGGAGCGAAAUUAGUAUAGAACUUUUCGCUGGAGCAGCGCUGAACAAUCUUAUCCCCAGACGCUUCUAGUCACUGAUUGCCAGUGGACUCUAUAUAAGGCUUAAAAGCAUCAUCAUGCACUACUAUUGGUUUUCCGUUACAUUAUCGCUAAUCGCGUUGCCCUAUUCAUAUACGUGUUUUCACCUUGAGGAUGGCAGUGUGUUCUACGAGAAAAUACGAGAAAAACACACACACCAUUUCCUUGAGUUUUCUAUCAUUUUUUACCUGUCCCUGCUUUUACGGUAAGCUGUUCCCGAGAGCGGGCAGUGGUCACCAUAGGCUUCUAGCUAGAGCCUCCUACCAUACUUUACCGUCACUAACUAUUUACUAACAGUAUCUAACCCUACUUUACCUAGUUUCAAUUGGUUUGGUUGAUGGGUGUCAGUGAUCCCCACUGGUCUACCUACUAUACCUAUACAUUUCGAUGAACUGGCUCGUAAACAGAUUAAAUGAAAUUUUUAAAAUAUAAAACAAACAUGACUCAAAAUGCAGCAUAAUAAACAGCAGUAAAAGAAAGCAUACUAAAUGAAGCGAAGAACCGUAAUAAAACAGCAGACACACACACAAAAACACACACAGCAUAUAUAUAAUCUAUGUAUAAAGAAUAGGAAAAAAAAAGAUGGGAAAAACGUAAACAAAAAACUAGUACUAAACAUCUACGGCAACAACACUAUAAGCAAGAAGGCAAAACAAUAAUAAAGCGAACGAUGCGUUACGAGAGCAAGGAGGUUAACAGCGGACAGGAAAGAGAUCAUGAGCUGGUAAAGGCAAACUGUAGCGAACCAUGUAAGCGGUGGGACUGCCCAGAAUGAAUGCAUAGAAUAGAUUAUAUAUCAUGUAUAAGUAUGAAUAUAUUUAUAUACAACACACAUAUAAGUGUAAUGAUGUAAACAUUUACAGAUUAGUUUUAAUAGGUGAUCAUACACAAUGGAAAGAAUGGACAGGGAAGGUAAAGGGAUGUAAACGCGUGCUAUUGGUGUAAUUACACUUAACAACAGCAAAACCCUUCUAUAACCAAGCGGACAGAUGAUGCAAACAGUAUGGCGAGCAUACGCACUCGUACACGCAAGAAAGCAGGGGAACCUCCCAUUUCCUAUUUGGUGAAAAUCGGAACAGACAAGAUGAGAAACGAUGUGUAAGGCGCAUUGGUGGGUUAGUUGGUAGAGCACUUUUCCGAAAGCUCGUCAUGGACAGCUUCUUCUCUGAUGUAUUUAUGCUUUUUUGGUGUGUUCCCAGGCAGCACUUGUACUGGCUGUCAAGCGGUUUAUCUCGGUGAGCUGCACUAGAACAUUGGCAACCUUUUCGCUCACAAUGUCUAGAAAUUCGAUGGCACAUCUGUACACGACUUACGAUCCGUGUUGUAGUGAAGAAAACCUUCCAAGCCUUCUAUUGUCAAGAGAUACAAUCGCGUGUCGCUAGUUGUUCGGAACACGUGGAAUUUCGAGUCCAAUGAGAAGAAUGCAAAAAAAAAGAAUAGAAAAUGAAGUACUUAAUGAAAAGUGGAUACCCAAAAACCAACCCGGCUGCAUAGUAUUACCAUGGUACGAUAAAUGGAGCAGAUGUACGAAAAGGUAAAUAUGCAGCGCAAACAAAUUGCUUGUUAGUUUGUCCAGCAGUCAAUAAUAAUCCAGCAAAUAACAGUACCGAUCGAACACUUUAAACACUGAACAUAUAACUACAAGCCAGAGCAAACAAAAAAUAAAAAAACGUCACACACACACACACACACACACACACACACCCAAGUCUAUACUCGAAAAAUCAACAAUGUUUAAUGCAAGGUACGUACCACGUGCUAAAUCAAAAUAUUCCGCUUGUGUUUUCGUUUCUCCGUGUAUGGGUUGAUUACUAACAUUUCCCAGUUUUUUGAUGCUAUACUGUUGUUACGAUGCUGACCUUCCUACUCACCCGGUGCAUGAGCGGUAAGGUUACGAUAAGCUACUAGAUGGGCGAGUACUAAAGAUUCCAAUUUUGAUAAAAAACAAACAAAACCGAAAGAAAGUACUAGUAGAAAUCAAAGGCACACUAACAGAAACAUACACACACAAAGACACCCGCGUACAGAAAGUACACUCCCGUGGGAGAAAACCCAAGACAUGAUUUCGAUUCCAAACACAAAGAUUCCGAUGAGCACACUAGAACUAGACCGACGUUCUGAUGGUUUUGGUUAAGUUAGCACUCCCCCCGAAACGGGGGGGCAUUCAAACAGCAGUUUAAAAUAAAGACCAGGCCCUUUUAAAUCUAGUCACACACCUUCACACACACAGCCACAGUAACGCGUCACAAGCAAAGCUCAAACGGGAGUGUGGUACAGCCAUGAUGGUAGGGCGAAAUGAUCAUCGGAGAGAAGAAAAAGAAAAACAAAUGCAAGCAUAGAGUUAAAUGAAGCAGGCUAAAGCAAAUCAACAGCAAACAGAACAGAUAAACACAAUAUCACAACAUCCUAUGUGUUAACGAGUGUGGCGUGUGUUGACGAUGUAUGUAUGAAAAACAGCAGUAAAAAGAUGGAAAAACAAUGUUUAAAUAAAAAGUACUAUAAAAACGA